CUUUCUUUGUUUUACUUUGUUUCCCGAGUCGUAGAUCUCGUCCUCGGCCUCCUGCGUAGUUCCUCUCCGGCCUCGCUCCGGGACAGAGAUGAAAUUUAUAGACAGAGGUUUUCAGGUUUAUCUUAGGAUACGUAUGUACAGAGAGAGAUUUUCUUUGUCGUGACAAGAUACUGAAAAAGAAAAAAACAUUUAGAUAAAGAAAUAAGUUGGCAGUUAUAUAGCACACCACUUCACCACUGAAGAAUGGGGUCCCUUUGGCAGGACAAAGGCACAGUCAGCUUUGAGGAGAAAUGGCCGGCGAUGCGACCGACUGUACUCAAACUGCUGCGGCAGGAGUGCGUAAGCCGGGCCGAGUGGCAGGACCUGUUCUGGGCCGUCCACAAGGUCUGCCUCUGGGAUGAGAAGGGGCCGCCUAAAGUGCAAAAAGCUCUGCAGGAUGACAUUCUCGACUUCAUCACACAUGCGCAAGCGCGAGUCUUGGAUCAGCAUGAAGAUCAAGCUUUACUUAAAGCAUACAUAAGUGAAUGGCGCAAGUUCUUCCAGCAGUGUAACUAUCUGCCAUUGCCAUUCAAUCAGCUGGAGUCAGCCCUGGCUGGCAAGACCACUACCUCCGUCUCCAAGAAAGUCCAGAAUGAUGAUUCCAUUGUCAGAAAGUUGAUGCUAGAUAGUUGGAAUGCAAGCAUCUUCAGCAACAUCAAGCAACGGUUACAGGACUCAGCCAUGAAACUGGUACAUGCGGAGAGAAAUGGGGAAGCCUUUGACUCCCAGUUGGUUAUUGGGGUGCGAGAGUCUUAUGUGAACUUGUGCUCGAAUUCAGGCGACAAGCUGCAGAUUUAUAGAGAAAAUUUUGAAAAGGCCUACAUAGAGGCAACAAAAGCGUUUUAUCGGGUGAAGGCACCUCAGUACUUGGAGGCCAACGGGGUCCAAAACUACAUGAAAUAUGCAGAGCUUAAGUUAAGAGAAGAGGAACAGCGAGGAGAAAAGUAUUUAGAAUCCUUUAGUGGGUCGCUACAAAAUCUAAAUGAGUGUUGUGUGGAGGUCUUGGUGACAAUCUUCCGGGACACAAUCUUGGCCGAGUGUCCACAAAUGAUCAAGAAUAAUGAAACUGAUAAACUACAGUUGAUGUUUAAAUUGAUGGACCGCGUCCCAGAUGGAAUUCAGCCAAUGCUGGAUGCACUAGAGGAACAUAUUGUCUCAGCUGGACUGGCAGAUAUGGUGGCUGCAGCAGAUAGUAUAACACAGGAUUCUGAACAGUAUGUGGAGAAGUUGCUAGACCUCUUCCAGAGGUUCAGCAAGCUAGUAACAGAAGCAUUUAAUGAAGAUCCUCGUUUUCUUACUGCCAGAGAUAAGGCUUAUAAACAGGUUGUCAAUGAUACUCAAGUUUUUAAACUUGAAUUACCAAGUAAAACGGUAAGACUACUAAAAAAAGGUAUCGGUAAUAAAACGCAGCCAGAAUCCAAAUGCCCUGAGCUGCUGGCUAACUACUGUGAUAUGCUCCUUAGAAAGACACCACUUAGCAAAAGACUCACUGCUGAUGACAUUGAGAGCAAGCUGAAGGAUGUGUUGCUGGUGCUAAAGUAUGUAAGCAACAAGGAUGUGUUCAUGAGGUACCACAAGGCGCACCUCACACGACGCCUCAUUUUAGAUACAUCUGCAGAUUCAGAGAAAGAGGAAAACAUGGUAGAAUGGUUACGAGAAGUAGGCAUGCCGGCAGACUUUGUCAAUAAGCUGGCGAGAAUGUUCCAGGAUAUCAAGGUGUCAGAGGAUCUCAAUCAACAAUUUAAGGAAUCUAUUCGAACAACCACAAAGUCUAGUGUAGCAGAUAAUCUAAACAUUAAGAUAUUGAAUGCUGGCGCAUGGGCAAGAGGCAGCGACAGAGUCACAGUUAGUUUACCGAUGGAGUUAGAAGAUUUCAUCCCUGAGGUGGAGGAUUUCUAUCGUAAGAAGCACUCAGGACGGAAGCUGCUUUGGCAUCACCACAUGUCCAAUGGCACAGUCACCUUCUGCAAUAAUAUGGGGAGGUUCGACUUGGAUGUAACCACCUUCCAGAUGGCUGUCAUGUUUGCCUGGAACCAACGAAUUCAUGAUAAGAUCUCCUUCGAUAAUCUUCGUCUUGCAACUGAACUCCCAGAUCCAGAGUUGAGACGGACAUUGUGGUCCCUGGUAGCGUUUCCAAAGAUGAAGAGACAAGUCCUGUCCUUCUCUGGAGAGGUCUCAUCACCCAAGGACUUCACAGAAAACACCCUCUUUUGGGUUAACCAGGAAUUUGCACCCAUUAAAAACGGCAAACCCCAGAAGCGUGGCAAAGUGAACUUAAUUGGGCGUCUGCAGCUCAGCACAGAGAAAAGCAAGGAGGAAGACAAUGAGGGCAUUGUGCAGCUUAGAAUACUCCGAACUCAGGAAGCCAUAGUGAAGAUCUUAAAGAUGCGCAAGAGGAUCUCCAACGCCCAACUGCAGACGGAGUUGGUGGAGAUGCUGAAGAACAUGUUCCUUCCUAGCAAGAAGCUUAUCAAAGAGCAGCUGGAAUGGCUCAUUGAACACAAAUACAUGAAGCGCGAUGAUGAGAACAUCAAUAUCUUCAUCUACAUGGCCUAGUCAACCAAGGAGAGAGAGAAAUGGCACCACCUUGGCUCGCAGGCAUGCAUGGGCCAAUGGGAUAGGAGGAAGAGGAAGAGGCAGCAGGAGCUCGAACACUAUCCUUGGCACUAGGGAUGAUGGUAAUGUUGGCAGGGCAGAGUGUGAGGGAAGUGGGCGAGCAGGCAAGUAGCCAAUACGAUGAAGCCAAUCAAGGCUGUUGGAUAUGUGCUGGCAAUGAAUGGGGAUGUGCUUGAAAGACUUUUGUGCUCUUUCUCAUGAAAUUUGGAGGUUAGCAUCUCACUAAGUGGAUCUUGAACAUUUGUUAUGUAUGGUGACAAAGAAUAAGACAUGAGUGUAAUGUCAAGCUGGAUGCAAGGAAGAGAUCUCCAGGUAGUGGAAAAUAAAUUUUUAAUCCAUUUUUUCUGUGUGGCCUUGCCAGGUAAACAAAUUGAUUGUCUGUUUAUUACAUGUGAUGUUGUUGUGCUGCAAACACAUUCCUGAUGAUAUGCAGUGUAAGGUCUACGCUUCAUAAAGUAUCAAGUCAACCUUUCCUAUUUUCAGGAGCAGUUAGAAGGAGAAAAAUAGUUUCAGAAUAUUUAGUAGAUACUCCCAUUGUUUUUUCCAACAGAAAAUCUUCAGAUGGAUAAAAGGAAUGUAGUUUUGAAAGUUUUUGGUGAUAGAGAAUCAAUAUACAAGGCCUUUGUCAGUGAUGUGUCCUCUAAUGCAAAGAUGUUCAGACAGCAUGAGCCAUGUGAGUCAGGUGGUGUGCGAGAUCCAAGAUACCAAGAUGCCACUAGGUCCCUUCUCUCCCCCCUCUCUCACUCAUGCCAGGAGCUGCACUCUGCGUACUUCUCAUGGACUUAACAUUUAUAUAAUUACGCAUAUUCUACGAUGCCUCUGUAUAUAGUAGGUGAAGAGUAUAAAAAAAAGAGCCUCUCCUAGCUGUACAAUGUGUGAGUUCUAUGGUGGAAUGAUGAUGAUUUUUCAGACCUGAAUUUCAUGUGUACUCAAAGUUUUAUCCAAGGAGAAAGUGGUGUUGCCUGAAUUCUUUAUUGACAUGUGAAGAGAUGGCUUGAUAGAUUCUGUGUUGACUCAAAAAAUGGAAAAGAAGAGAAAGUUUAUGAAAAAAACUUUUAUUUAUGAAGCGCUGAAUCAUUGCAAUAGAAAAUUCCUCAAAAUCAGGUGUAGAUCAUUGUCAAGCCACCAUACCAACGCCUUACCAGUGCCCCUAUGUGCUGUCAUUGUAAAUAUUAUAAUUAUUAUUACUAGCCUCUGCAGAAGCCAGCAGUCCAAGAGGCAAUAUGUUAUAAACAACCAUAAUGGUUUUUACUGGUAUGUUAUGUGAAUAGUAGAAGCAGGCUGGGGCAGCGGUCACCUCAAAUGCAUAUCCUUAUUUUGUUGUGAUUUCUCUUCUCUAUUUUGGCAGUGAUAGUGAUUUUUAGAGGGAGGAGGAGGGUGGGGACAGGCAACUGUCAUGUGCUUGGAGUUGUGAAUCAGAAUCAGUUUUAGUUCUGUUCAUUUGGGACCCUUAGGAACGUGUGACAUCAACCAUGAGUGUAUAGUGCAGUCAUUUUCUUUUGCAUCAGGGAAAAACAAUGAAGUAUUGUGGACCAGAAUUAACAAGAUACAUAAAGUGAUACAAGUGUAUAUAGUGUAAGAAGUGAAAUUUUUCUUUUUCUCUUUUCAACUACUAUUAUGUUUUUAAAGUCAAGAAAUGUUAUUCUGGAGAACUUUUUGCUAGUCUUGACUGUGUUUAGCACACUGAAUGUACAUUAAAGCAGAAAUGUUGACAUUAACAAGUCUUGAACUUUUGAUAACAAAUUUCCUCAUUCUAUAUCUUAGUAAGUACUAAACUAGACAGUUAUAUGCAAUGUGUGACAGUAUGAAACUGUAAUUUGUGAUGGGCCAUUUAUAGAAAUAUUUUUCUUAGUCGUUUAAAGCCUUAAUUGAUGUAGACCAGAGGAGGAAUGUUUAGGAAGCCAGUAUGGUUUUUGCUUUAAAAAGUUGUUAUGGGUCUACGUGCUAGAAAAGAAUGUGAUUUAGUAUGAAAGGAAUAUAAUUUUUUUUAAAAAGCAAAACAAGAAAGGAUCAUCUUUACAUUUAAUAGAGGCAAGUUAAGCAUUUGUAGUGCAAAAGUGAGGAGAGGUUCAGGAUAGUUACAAGCUACAACACUGCUAUAAAAUAAAGGAGAUUGUGAUGUAGAAUGUUUUCCAAUAAGGAUUAUGUAGAGUAAUAUAAUAAAUUAUUAAUAUAAUGACUUUUAAAACAUUUAAGAGAAUUUUCUAUAAAGUAUCCAUAGGCAAGCAGUAGACUAUAGACAAAUCAGAUGUACUUAAUACUUUUUAUAAAUAUAAUGAAAGUAUACAAUAAAAACAGUUUUCUGCAAUUAGUUUCUCUGGCACAGAAAUGAAGGCUUAUUAAAGGCCCUUUUUUAAACCAGUGGAAAGAUAUUUCUUUUUAGAAAUCCUCUUGAAACUCCUGUUUGAAUUAAAUCUGAAGUAAGGCCAGUGAACAGUCCAAGCAAGAAUAAACAAAGAAACAUAGAUUUAGAUACAACAUUGCUAUAGAUUUUAGAGUAACUGACACAUUUGAAAAAAAAUUACUUGGUUCUGGAGGUGAGGAUUCAGCAGUAAUGUCAUGCAUGUCACCAGUUGAAACUAAUGUGUCACAAUGCUUGUUCCUUUUUAUAAAAAAUAUAAUUAUGGUAAUUACUUCUACAGAAGAAAAUAAACAGGAAGAAAUAGUAUGCAUGGAAUGGAGGAUCAAAAGAUGCCAACAUAAAUGUGUAAAUAAACUUUUAAAAGGGAUUGUUUCCUUAUAUGGUCAUAGGUAAAACUAAAAGCAUUUUGUCUGUGGGAAUUUAUAAUAGCUUACUGGUAUAAGCCAAAAUAAUACUUGUCUUGUAUGCCAUAGUGGACUAGAUCAGAGAUGAUGACAAUAAUUACUUUUUUGCAAGUGAUUGUUUGUAAGUCUUCAGAUAUAUCUGUGACUAUACACCAGUGUUACUGAUAUGGUAGACAAGCCUUUUUUUUCCAGUAUGCCAGGGACUGGUAGCAUAUAUGUGCCAUAUUAUUUACUUAUGAUCCAAGAAUAUUAUUUGAACUUCCACAGUAACAUCAGUUUAUACGGGGAAAACAUAAUGAAUAUAUUAAAAAUUAUCACACUUUUUUAAUAUUUAUUUAUUUUGUAAGAAAGGAAUGAUACAAUAAUGUAAUACUGAUAUUUUCUGGAAAUUUGGUGGGACCUGACAGCCUGUGGCUCAUGUGCCAGCACCAGUAUGGAUGCUGCAGUUUGAGUAGUCUGCAAAGGCCUGGAUGAAAAUCAAGAAUGCAUUGUUCUUGAUAUUACUUAACAAUAUUUAUAAAACAAAUGUUUUGCAGACACCAAUGUUAAAUACUAUUAUUAACCCCCCCCCCCCCCCCUUUGGACUGAACUGGGAUACUAAAAAUAAUGCAGAGAGAACCAAGAUUAUUUUUUUAAUAAAAUAAUUUUAAUAGAUGAGGAAAGGGCCUUUUUCUCCUUGGAAAUGUUUAUUGUGUGCCCAAGGUAAGGCAGUUUUUAAAUGGGAAAAGUGUAAUAAGGAGUCUUUUAAUAUUUGUUGUUUCUGGUGACAGGUUCAAGUCACGGAUGGUAUUAUGUACAAUAGGAUAUCAGUGGAGGUAUUCAUUUGAUCCUCAACAAACUCAGUAGUGUAAUGUGGAAAAUUAUAUAUUAUGAACAAAAGUUCUUGUUCAUUUAGGACUGUCUGGUUUAUUAUUCUUUAGUAUUUUAACUUUUUGCUUUGUAAGGAAACUAGAUUAAAAAAAUGUUCUUUGAACUUGGGACAACUGAGGAGAGAUUGUAAAGGGAAUUGUUCUGUGCUAGUAAGUUUUAGCGGCUUAUAAACCACCUUUUAGAUCCACACAGUGCCCCAAAAUAUGCAGCUAAGGUGGAGUUAUUAGUUGCAGCUACUUAACCUCACACCUGAACAUACAUCCUCAACAUUGUGUGUGGAUAAUAUAUACAUUACAUUCACAGCUUCUACUGAGAGACACAUUACAUAGAGGGAAGACUUUUUAAUUCUCUUGCUUGUAUUUUCUCGACUUUCCUUACUAUUGUAUAUCCCAUACAUCUGUCUUUUCCUCUUGUUGAAACAAAUGUGAUACUUUCUUUCUCCUGUGGCAUUUGGUCGCAGUACUACCUUCCAGGCCCUCUUGUCAUAUCCAUCUCAUUGCCAUUUCUUACAACCAUCACUGCUAACAUCUGAAUACCCAUAAACAGGAGCAGGAAUCUUUGAGAGACAAACAACAUAUGCCAAAAUUUCUUAUCUACCAACCAGUGGUUGCAUUUUUCAUUGAGGUUAUGUAAGGGCAGCUGAAAUUUUUAACGAGGACCUGAAGUUCUGAGGAAUGUCUUAAGCCCGUGAACUAGCCAUGUCUGUGGUCACAUGUAAUAAGGGAUGACCCAGGAAGACUUUGGGUGUCCCAGCUGACCAACCCCCCACACUUCAUGCACCUUACGCAUCAUGCAUUGUUACCGUUGGCCCCAUCUUGUUGUAUGCUGUGAUGUUAUUUUAAAUAAAUGAAUAUUAAUAAA